GUUCCUGCUAUUCAGCAGAAAAGAACUGUAGCAUUUCUAAACCAGUUUGUGGUUCACACAGUGCAGUUUCUCAACCGCUUUUCUACUGUUUGUGAAGAGAAAUUGUCGGCGCUUUCUCUUCGUAUCCAACAAAUUGAAACAACACUCAAUAUUUUGGAUGCAAAGUUAUCCUCUAUUCCUGGCUUAGAAGAUGUCAAAUUUGAAGUGUCCAGUGCAAAUAUGAAUAGCGUUACAAAUGGUCCUGUGGCACAAGCUACUACAGAUCAACAGACAGCUGUAUCACUUCAGUCUGGACAGAACAAUAUACAUGAAGAAGGGGUACAGAAAACAGAGGUAGUAACAGAAAAUGUCAGAACUGUUUCCAAGGAUCCAAGAUAUGCCAGAUAUCUCAAAAUGGUACAAGUGGGUGUUCCUGUAAUGGCAAUACGAAACAAAAUGAUUUCCGAAGGGCUAAAUCCAGAUCUUCUUGAGACCCCAGAUGCUCCUGUGCCUGCCUGGGGAGAUGAUGGGAAUGCAGAAGACAGUUCUGAUAGUGAAUCUUCAUUUAGUGACUAAAGAGACUGAUUUCAGCCUUUGGAAGCCUCUGUUAAGUGGUAAUGUGUUUGGAGCUUUAGCAGAAAAUGGUUUUGCGUGAGUCACAUGGGUGAUGUGGUUCGUCUGACAGCAUUUUUAAGAAGUAAGAUCCUGCAUGUUCUCUCCCAGAAAGUUUGAACAGGCAGCAUGUUUCAACCUGUACCUUUCCACUAUGAAAAUUAGUCGUGAGAUUUUUGCAAUUUUUGUGCUGCAUCAU